CAGGCUUUCUCUACAACCAGCUCUCGCGCUGCAGAUAUGGCAAAACUAACUCUCAUCGGGCGUUUGGGCAGAGAUCCUGAAGUUCGCACCACGAAGACGGAUAGGGAAUACGUAUCAUACGUGGUAGCCACCCAAGCCACCCCUCCCCCUCCUAGUGCUGAUGGCACCCGAGAAAAUGGCAAGACGACAUGGCACUCUAUCCUCUCUUUCAGCCCAACGUCGAACCAGUACCUCCGCACUCUCAAAAAGGGUUCUCACGUCUACGUCGAGGCCAACUUUGAGAUUCGCGAGCCGGACGCUGGUGCUGAUCCCAGCACACCCCAGGGACAGCGCUCUAUCUUCCUCCGUCAUGGUACGUCCACCUCUUGA